AUGACAGAAUCAGCGCCCCCGCCAUCAGCACCUCGCAUAGACAUCUCCCUCUCCAUCGCCCCCUCAACCCACAGUUUCAGCUGCCCCACACCACCCACCCUCACCAUGACUCUACUAUCCCACGCCACCUUCCCAAUCACAAUUUUCGUCUGGGACACAGCCCUCCACAUCUCCCGCGCCCUGAAUAAUCGCGGCAUCACUAUCACCGAUCUAGAAACCAAUACUUCGGUCCCAACAACCCGUAUUUUAGUCCAACGAGCAGCCAUUACCAGAAUCCAUGGUAGUUACGACGAAGAACUAUAUCUGGAGUUACCGCCAGGCGUGCCAGUACAGCUGCAGAGAGCUUUUGGCCGAAAUGUGGAUGUCAAGCCUUUGCCCAAGCAUAUUGUGCAGAAAGGGUGGGAAAUUGAUGACCAAGGCAGAGAGAGGAGGAUACGGAGAUCGACUCAGGCGACUGGGGUUGAUGGGUUGGAAGCUGGGAAGGAGUAUCGUAUUGGUGUGAAUAUGGAGACGCUUGGAAAGUGUAGGUGGGCGUUUGCGACGAAAGACGAAGUGCUGGUUAACAGAGGGGAAGGAGGNAGUUACCCUCAGGAUUUUGAUUGGGAGACAGAGAGGAAGAUUGAAUGGUCGGUGAAGGAAGCUACAGUGAGUGUGGAGGAUUGA